AUGUCGUUAGUCGGUGUAUCGACAUCGACUUUAACAGAAUUCGAGCAGCAGUAUUCUCUUCAAACAGCUGAGGUGACAUCAACUAUAGCUCGCUUGCCGUCAUUGCCAGUAUCAGAACGACCAGCCAGUGUGCAAGCUGUACAACGUGUUCUGACAGAUGUGGCUGAACUACUGGAGCAGAUGGAACUCGCUGUGCGAGAUUUAGCUGCUGGAAGUGCUGAACGAACUAAAUACGAACUUCGCGUCAAGAGUUAUCGUAACGACAAACGUCUUUUGGACAGCGAGCUUGAGAAAGCCAUUAAGCGUCUACGCGAGGCUGCAGAUCGAGAUGAAUUACUCGCUUAUGAUGAAGCAGUGGAGAUGGACCAACAG